AUAUUCAUUCACUCAAUUCAGUUCACAGUUCCUAUAAAUGCCUUUUUCCCUUCCCAGCGUCACCAUUAUUCCACUCUUCAUAUCUCCUUAUCAGUUGCCUCUAACCGUGAAGAUUGAACAAGAUACAAACAGCUCACAUGAUGAACCAACGAUGGGUAGCCGCGGCGUUUACCAGCGACGCUCUAGUGGCGGAGCUUUUAUUGCGUCUAAAACAAUCUGCCUCAUCACACGUUUCACCACCGCCGACUACAUCAACAACAACCGCCACCACCACAGCGUCGUUGAAUCCAGUCGGAUGGGGCGAUCGUAAAUCUCGCUCGAAACCACCGAGCACCGCCGCCUUCUCCGUUACCAACGGAUUCGGGAAAGGACAACAGAGGAGCCCUAGCACGCCGCUGUCCUGGAGCAACGGAGGUGCUCCGUCUACGAGCGACGGUUGUGAUGAGUCCAGUCGCCCGUCAGAUCUCUCCUCCGGAGAUAGAUACGUCAAGGUUGAAAGUUCAACAACUCAUAUGGACAAUAAAUCAAGAAAAAGAAAGAAUGAUUUGCAUAGAGUCCCCAAAAAGGAGGUUGGCCAAUUUAUUCAGGUGUCUGGUAAAGUUGAAUCAGAAAUAGAGAUCCGGAAGAGGCAGUUUGUUUUGCCAGAUCUAAAUGAGACACCGGUGGCCUGCGAAGAAUUGGCUGGACUGUGAAAAACUACUUUGUGUAAAUAUAUAUAAUAUGAAACAAUGAGAAAUGUUGGGAUAAACUCCCACCAACGGGUCAAGGCGAUAAACUUAGACUUUGUUUGGCGCGUAUAAGCUAGUUUAUGUUCCGAGCUUAUUGCAAUAUAGUGUUUGCUUAGAUCAUUAAAGUAGUUUAUAAGCUAGUUUCUUAAAAAUAUUUUAUAUAUGCUUAUAUGCAUUACCCUUAUUAUUUGGA